CACGCUGCACGCUGGGUGCAAGCCAUGGCAGCCCUCAACGAGCAGCCACCGCUCAAAAUCUGCGAGUUCUACAGCGGUAUUGGUGGUUGGCGCUACGCCCUGGAGAAGGCCACGUCCCGUGAAGAUCACGACGUCGCCCUGGCGGUCGACGCGUCGACGACGUGCAACUCGAUCUACGAACACAACUUCGGCCAGCGACCGACGCAGCGCCGCGUCGAAAAUAUCACCACGAGCGACGUCGCCGGCGCCGACGGUUGGCUCCUGAGCCCGCCGUGCCAGCCGUACACGCGGCAGCACGCGAUGACGGACGUGAGUGAUCCACGCGCCGCGAGCCUCUUGCACCUGGCGGAUCUGGUGGAGCAAGCGCCGCCGCGGUUCGUCUGCCUCGAGAACGUCGUGGGCUUCGCGUCAUCCGAAAGUCGAGAGAGGUGGCACGGCGCGUUACGACGCGCGGGCUUCGCUCGACCAAAAUGCUGGCACCUCACGCCGACGCAGACGGGCGUGCCCCACGAGCGGCCGCGCUACUUCGAGUGCGCCGUCCGUACAAAUUCUGAUGAGGACUGGGCGUCGCCGGCGCCGACGGAGGACGCGUGGCCCGGGCUGGACCGAACGCCGCCGAUGCGCCUUGUCAAAGAAUUCCUGGAGGCGCCCUACGCCCUGGACCAGUGCGCCGACGCAUCUGCUCUGAUAGAACCGUACCGCGUGCCCGCCAAGACGAUCAAAAGCGACGCGGCCUGGUGCUUCGACGUCGUCGACGCGACGGACGCAAUACCGACGGCCUGCUUCACGCGGUCCUACGGCCGCUUCAACCGGGGCACGGGGUCUGUCCUGCGCGUCCGUCAAAUGCUGAAUGAUCCGGAUCUCGCUUCGCUCGGCUUCUCGCGCACCACGCCGGACGCGCGGCCGUUUGGGGACACGUGGCGCGCGGCGCUGCAGCUGCGCUACUUCGCUCCGAAAGAAGUUGCCAAUUUGUUGGGUUUUCCCCAGUCGUUUCACUUUCCCGCGGAUGUCUCGCUGAAGAGCGCCUGGGCCGCGGGAGGGAAUUCCCUUCACGUCGACGCGGCGGCGGCUGUUAUUCGGGUGGCGCUCGACGACCUCGCCGCGGCGGAGGCGUCGGGGUGA